UCUCUAUGCAGUUUGUCCUUUUAUUUUGACUUUCUUGUGUGUAUAAAAUAUAUUCUGUCAUUUUCCGAAACGGGGCACGUUAGUCCAAAAUGUUCGGUGUUCCCACUCGUUUUCUAGUGCAUCGCGCGAAGCGCUACAGUUUGCUGGUGAAUAAAUGUUUUAGGUGGACAAAUACCGGAACAACACGCACCGCAUCGCCCCACUCAUCGUUCGUCCGGGCCUGCCAUAAUGCAACGUUCGGUCAGCCGGUACAUAGCACCCAUCCACAUUUAGUUCGUCCGGGUGAAGUGCUGGCCGGAAUUCCGCUGCAAGAAGUAAAAACAAGACGGCACACACUUUUGCACACCUUACGGGACCAUGCCGCUGUGCAGACUGGUGCUGCUACAAAUCAUAUUGUUGUGAUACCAUCCGCCUGUAAGAAGUACAUGAGCAACAAGAUUCCUUACGUGUUUCGUCAGAAUACAGACUUUUUGUAUUUGAGCGGUUGCCAGGAACCGGACAGUGUGCUUGUUUUGGAAAUCGAUACGAAUGGCAAUUGCAAAAGCUCACUGUUUGUGCGUCCGAAGGACAGAACGGCGGAGAUGUGGGAUGGGCCACGGACGGGCGUCCAGCACGCACCGGACGUGUACGGCGUGGAGGAAGCGUACGAUAUCGGUGGGUUGAAGGACUAUUUGACAAAGUAUGGGUUUGCAAACCCCAGCUCUAUAGUUUGGUACGACGAGCAAUCGUCCGAUUUGUUCCAUGUCUCAAAGAUACUCAGAGAUGUGACAAACCAACAAACAAAAUCACCAACAGAGUUGAUACACCGCCUUCGGCUGAUCAAAUCUGAAAGCGAAUGUGAGCUAAUGCGUAAAACGUGUGAGGUGGCUUCGAAAGCUAUCAACAGGACGAUCGAAAACAGCUACCCGGGCAUUAGUGAGCACGAAAUCUAUGCCAGCGUUGACUACCACACGCGUCUCAGUGGCGCUAACUUUCUAGCGUAUCCGCCAGUGGUGGCAGGUGGCGCUAACGCCACGAUUAUCCAUUACAUAAAUAACAAUCAGAUUGUAAAGCGUGGCGAACUGAUACUGAUGGACGCCGGAUGUGAGUAUCAUGGAUACACGAGCGAUAUUACGCGGACGUGGCCGGUUGAUGGCAAGUUUAGCGAUGCCCAUCGUGUGCUUUACGAAAUUUUGCUACAAAUUCAGCGCGAACUGUUAGACUGCUUACAGUUUCAGGGUGGUGAAUCCUUAGAUCAGCUCUUCGACACGAUGUGCUCAAAGAUAGGGAAAUAUUUACAGGAAAUCAAACUGAUACCUGGUUCACUUUCGGCGCUCGAGCUUUCACGAGCUGCUUACAAAUUUUGUCCCCACCAUGUAUCGCACUAUCUCGGCAUGGAUGUCCACGACACACCGUUAAUAUCCCGCAACAUACACCUGCGCCCCGGAAUGGUGUGCACCGUAGAGCCAGGGAUUUACAUACCACAGAACAAGCUUGACGUCCCGAGUGAAUUUCGUGGCGUGGGGUUGCGCAUUGAGGAUGACGUGCUUAUUAAGCCGGAAAAGGAAAUCGAAGUUCUUACCAGGGACUGUGUGAAGGAUGCAUCGCUAAUAGAGGAAAUGAUAAGCUGUAAAGCAAGAGGCUCUUUGUCAUAAGUACUGCCUGGGUUUGUUAACACAACGGUAGGUGUAAUAAAUGUUGGUUUAAAAUAUUUUGUAAAUAUA